AUGGAUGCUUUGCACGUCAACGUCCUGGACGAAAACACGUUCGAGGUGCCUGUGGCGGCCACGGGACAAUGUCCAAGCCAUCCGCAUCCUCUCCUCUACCUGCGCACCUCGCAGGACGAAGUUUACAUGGUGAUCAUCCCCUGGCACGGCGCUGUGCCUGUGAGGGAUGAGGAUGUCUUCCUGCGCUGCACGGAGAUUCUUCGUGGAGCUCAGCCUCUGGAAGACAAUCCCUUUGCCGCGAUCCGGCUGUACCACCUCGACGUUCGGCGGGCAGUUCACCCGUGCCGCGUUGACAAUCCUGCCGACUUUGGGAUGCCAACAGAGAGACUGCAUGCCUUCGAGUUCUCCUCACUUGCAGUUUCCUCCGGGAGAGUGAUGCCGGGGAAGCUUCAGAGCACCCUUCCCGGCGAACGGUUCAUCGCCCGGAGGCCGUUCGCAGUUUGCUUCUGGCAGAAAGAGAUGGACGACUUGAACGUUCCGUUCUCCGUGACGCUGGUACCAUAG